AUGCCUGUCCUUCCUACCUCCCAGGCAUUCCUGGAACAGUCUGCCCUCCUUCUUCAAGCAUACCCAGAAACAACCCGAAUCACAACAAAAUACCACUACCCCACCGAACGACGCGCAGAGAAACACAAGCGCCAAAAAUCGCAAGCCAAGAAAGCCUCCGAAACAGAAUCCACAUCCAGCACUCCUAUCGCAGCCUUUGUCCUGAAAACCUAUAACCCCUCUACAGGCGUCUGUCUGAAGUACCAAACAAACAAGCUGCAAGAGGUUGGCCGCUUGGUUACAGGACUGGGCAAGUUGGCGGCGGGUGCGGAUGUGGCUAGUUUGGGAUUAUCGGGUUCUGGUCCCGUUGAUGUGGAGAUGGUUGAUGUCAAUGAGGAUGGAACGCAAGCGAAUGUUAAUGCUAAUGCUAAUGCGAAUGCGAGUGCGAAGACUGGUAAGGGAAAGAAGAAGGCUGGAAAGGGCAAACGAUAG